UAUCUCAAAUGAGCGCAGCUCUAAAAAUACCCCYAUGCCCUUGUACUGAUGUUGGGAGUGUCCUGCUGGAUGCUGAGGGGUCUUUAACCUCAGAGAGUCGUGGGGAUCCAGACGCACCCCGAGCUGCUCUGGAGAUCUGGUACCAGAAUAAAAAAAAACCACAGAAUAAAUAAUUUCAAAUGGAAGAAAUGAWAUGCAUGAGAGGUGAAGAGGAAGAUGAAGAGGAGGAGGAGGAAGAUGGUGUUGAAGAAAACAAAAAGACAGAAAAGGAGGAACCGGCUGCUGAGAAACAACACAAACCAUCACUGUGGUCUCCUUGUUUUUACUCCAGAGCAGGAAAAGAGGUUUACAGCUACGUGGGUGAGAAGAUCACCAUCAACGAGGGUCUGGACUCGUACGCAGGCAUGAUAUGGCCCGCG